AUGGUUAGUAUCUUUCUCAACACGAUCAUGCUGCGUGCUCCACGCGCACACGCUCAGAUUUCUUGGCAAUGGUGGCACGAGCGGCACGCGCUUAGGCGAAGCAGCCGUGGCAGAGCUCGAUAAGAGCAAGGCUGCCAGCGCUGUAGCAGAAGAAUGGCUUGGAGGACGGAAAGGGUGGCAGUAGCGAUAUGUGAAAACUAGCCUGUACAGGUCGCGACAGUGGCGCUCAAGUCGUCGCCAGACAAGUGUUGCGUCGCAGGACUUUGCUUGACAUUCAAGAGGGUGCGAAACGGAGUUGCCUACGGGAGGUAGGAGUACCUGGUGGCCGUACGAAGGGUCAGGAGUGGAUUGUGGAGCGUAUGUUGAACGGCGGGAAGGGCGAAUUGCAGUUGCGAUGCUUGAAAGUCCUUUGGUGCGAAGUCGGGCAUUCAACGCUGCAGUACACUGAAUUGACGCGUACUUUGCAUUACCAUUCGCAGGCGAAAGGAGUCAAAGCCCACGAGCUGGCCACCAAGAACAAGGCUGAGCUGACCUCUCAGCUAGAGGAGCUGCGAGGCGAGCUUCUCAGCCUCCGCGUUCAAAAAGUUGCUGGAGCCUCUUCCAACAAGCUUGCCAAGAUCAAGGGCGUCAGGAAGGGUAUUGCUAGAGUUCUAACCGUCAUCAAUGCCAAGACUAGAGCUAGCUUGAGGGAACACUACAAGGGAAAGAAGUACUUGCCUCUUGACCUUCGCCCCAAGAAGACCCGUGCCAUCCGUCGCCGUCUGACCAAGGUGAGUGAUCGAAGAGCAAGGGAUGGACGAUGAUGGAGCGCAUAUAGCUUUAGCGAAGGCCCGGGGGUCGAAUGCGAUGGCAGGUGGGAAGCGAGGCUGCUUUGCGAGGGCUGCAUUUAGUUCGCGUGGGGACAUCAAUCUGAUCAUGGCUGCAUCCGCAUGACUGGCGGUGCGCUGAACGAGCUGCUGACGCCUGUUCUCACACUUCGCGCAGCACGAGCGCACUCAAGUCACCGAGCGUCAGCACAAGAAGGACAUUCACUUCAACCGUCGUCGAUACGUCCUGAAGGCUUGA